AGAUGCGAUAUAUCUGCUCACGAGCCAGCGGCCAUCUACGUGGCACCGGAACGAAUAUUUUCAAAUCUCCCACCAAUCGCCACGUCAUUCAGCAACAAUAAUAGUAGUUUUAGCAGGAUGUCAAACACUCCUCGAAGUGCAACUACCACAAUAAUCAACAAUAACAGUAAUAACAGUGGUCUUCCAAUGUCCGAGCAUUCGGCAUUUAGUCCAUAUGCCAGGCCAUCUUCAUUGACAUCGCAGGAUUCAAAACAAUAUCAUCAAACUCCUCACGUUGUUCUUCGACCAGAGCCCCGAUUAGCACUGCCACCUCUUCUUCAGCGUCAAGAAGGAUCUGACUCGAACAUCUCGAAGAAGAUACGCAGUAAACGAAGAGAACGUCCACGAAGUGUCGGUUUGCUUGAUCUGGGAGUAGCCAGCUUAACAUAUCUUGAACCGGAGAGCAACGACCACGACGAUAAAAGCUCAACGGGCUGUUCCCCUCGUAUACCCGAUCAACACCGACAGCACGAUUUUAAGAAAAUCCUUCAACGAUUUCAGUCUGCCGAUCGAGGAUCCUCCUCCUCUACUUCAUCCCAUCAUCAUAACCAUUCACACCUCAUGUCGCCACCGAUUGCCACAUGGUCAGCUACGCCAAUAAAAAUGGUAGGAUCACAGGAUUCGUGGGGUACACCUCCACAUUAUCGGAGUAGUCUCAAUUCAAAUUACAGAGACAGUCCUGCAAAUUCCCGUAACACAUCAGCCAGAUCCAGAUUGAGCGUCUCUUCAGCUCAAAGCCCACAUUGCUUUUUGCCGACCACACGUGACUCUUCACCUAGAUCUAUUCCUAGUCCAUCUCUAGUUCCAAUGAGACCCGACAGUUCCUCUGAUAUCACAAUCAACGAGCUUCACCACUCACCACUCAGUCACACAGGUUCAACUCCGGAACCUACUGAAAUCAUUUCAAAGCCUACCUCAAAAGUUCCAUCGAGAAGAGCAUCAUACUCUACAGGCUAUCCAAAUCAUGAGACAUUUGCCCCUAUUCGCUGGGUGAAAGAGACAGAUGUCGAUGAUCCAUUAUCAAUUCCAACAAUGAGUCCAAUCGGCUCAUCCGGAUCUUCAGAAGCAAAUAUUGGAAUGAUCUCAUCUAGAAGUGCACCAAUGUCCAAAAUGCCAAGCGUAGAAAAAUUAGAUAACAGACAUAGCUCAAUCCGUGGUUACAACAAUAGAAGUUGUCGCCGAACAGUACUCUCGGGUCUUGACCGUAAUGCAAAUCACUCUCCCAAUGGAAUCUACGUGCGUCGGAGUAGGUCAAAAGACGAUCGUCCAUCAUUGAGCUACAUGUCAUUCAACGGAAUGGAUCAACAAAAUGUAUCUCCACCAAGAACAGCUUCAAUUCCAAUCUUUAUGUCACAAGAAUCAGUCUCAAUGCAAUCCCCAAUGAAUUCUCCAGUCAACCAUUCAAUGAGUCAUGUCGCAAGAAAUGAUCGAUCACAAAGUAAUCAUAAUCUUUCUGGAGAAGAACUUUACAAACGAUUCCAACAAAUAUCUUUAUCACACGUUCAAACAUUGAACAUCGUUGCCGAUAAGCUAUCAGAAGAUGCUAGAAGAGGUGAUGAGCCAGUAUCACGGAAUCGACUUUCACAAUUAGAUUUUGCAUCUUUCAUCAUUACUUCUCCACAUCCAAUUUUGACAAAAGGAAAAUCUUUGUUCUAUAAUGCAGUUCUUCCUAGACAGAGUUUACCAGACUAUCCGGUUACUCUUAUGAUUGCCCCGUGCUCCCAGUAUGCUCCGCUCAUGAGAAAAACCGAAUCCAAUCACUUUGGGUUGCCUGGCUUCCUUGAAAUCGAAGAUCAUGAUGGUGCGAUUCGUCAAUUCCUUUAUGACACGGGUACACAGAAUCUUGACGGUCGGAACACAAAAGUGAUAGCCAUGCCACGACUGAAUCUUUGCUCAUUCCACAGUUUGGCUGCUCAUCAGCUUAAUCAAAGAAUGGAUAGAACAAAUCAUGAAGAGCUUGUCAGUUUCAUUCUUCUUCAAGUUCUUCAAGCUCUGAAAAUGUUACAAGGAGAAGGCGUGGAGUCGCUGAGCACAAAUUUCAAAGAAUUCUUAUUAGCAUACCGAUAUCCAAAUGUAAAUUCUUCAUAUAAUGAGUUCCCAAGACUUUUGUUCCUGCCGGAAACACUUGGAGCAGAAAUUGAAAGCGGCGGCGAUGAACUAGUCGGCCUUUGCCGUUAUGCUCUGCGAGCACUUUGUACAUUACUUCACCACAAAAUGGAUGGAAAAGCACCUCCAAUCCAAUUACGAUCACGAUUCUCAAGGGCAUUGUCAGCUUGUGCCGUUCUCCUUCAAGAAGAUAAAUCAAAUAGUUUAACAAAAGCCAAAAAUGUAAUGGAAUUGGCAUUAUGGUCCGGUGGUGAACAUUUCAAAAAUGAGCAAGAUGUGAAGAUAUGGAUUGAUACUGCACGUGCCGAUUGUGUAGAUACUUUGCUUCGCCAAAUGAUUCGAGAACCGAAUCGCCAGCUUGGUGCUCGAGAAAGAUUCCGCGUCGAAUUCUUGCUCAGCGCUACACCUCGAUCGAUAAUGGAAUCCCAAAAAGCAACGAUGGCUGCAAAUGUGAACUAAACUGCCUUUUCACUUAUAUCAUCACUACAGAAACUUUCACACGGUAGAUUAUUUAUUAGAAUUUUCUAUUUUCCUUAUUCAUUUACAUGUGUUUUUCGCCAAAACUAUUAUCAAUAUUGUUUCGUCUCUUUUUCAUCUCAUCAAUUAUCAGUUGCCCGGAUGAAUUUAUUUUAUUUUA